CUGGCGGAUCUUGCUCAAGUUUCUACGAAUUUUGCAAUCGACGAAAUUUCGAUCUCAGCCGGGUGAAAGUGAGAAGACGAGCAGGAACCUUCAAAUUUGCCACGGUCAUAGAAUAAAGGAGAAAUUUUGCGCUGUCUAAGCUGUGUACCAUCAACGCUCAAGCUCAACGUGCCGUGGAAAUGUACAACCUCUCUUGCGUUGACGGCCAUAGAUUUGGCGAUGUUUAUGUUCUCGACACCCAACGUCUCAACGCUGGUCUAUCCGCAAUCUCAUCAGAUCAGAAACUCAGUCUCUUUGAUCCCGCACGUGUGGGACAGGGCCCGAUCAAGUCGUACCAGACCAACCAUGGCAACUUGACAUGCCUCAGGACCUUUGACUGGCAAAACUCUGUUCUCUGCACGGCGGGAGAAAAUGGAGAGGUCUCAGUCUGGGAUAUGAGGGAAGCGUCAAAGCCGCAGGUUGCCCAUUUUGCGGCUACUCAGUCACCCAUAUUGUCUAUGGCAUGCGACCCUAGAAGCAACACAAUAGCGCUAGGCACGGAGUUCCAGAACCACACCUCAUCCGUCCUACUCUGGGACAUCAGAGCCGGCCCGAAGCAGAGGCUCCAGUACGACGAGGUUCACAGCGACGACGUCACAGAACUCCGCUUCCACCCUUCAGAAUCUCACAUCCUCCUCUCGGGAUCGACCGAUGGCCUCGUCAACGUCUAUGACACACGGAUUUCGGACGAAGAUGAGGUCGUCGUCCAGACGUUGAACCAGGGCUCUGUCCACCACGCCUCCUUCCUAAGCAACAUCGAGGUCUACGUGCUGACCCACGACGAGAAGUUGGCCGUGUACAGCGUCGCCGAGGAUUGCGGCUCUGGCGCGGCUCUGGUCGACUUUGGCGAUGCUAGAGAGACUCUGGGCUGCCAGUACAUUGCCAACAUGACAACCAAGGUUGAUGGAAGUGGUGCUAUUGUCGGUGCUGGCUCACAAGACCGUCAAGUUUUUGAGUUGGUGCACCUAUCCCGUACGGCCGAAGGCAGCUGGGGUUUCGACAGGGCGAACAGCGUCGGUCUGCCGGGAGGCCACGGCGAAGAGAUUGUUCGCUCGUUCUGCUUCUACGAUGACGAACAGGUGGUCUUCACUGCUGGAGAAGACGGUAACAUCAAGGCUUGGAGGCCCACGUAAGUCAAGGAACCGAAGAAAGCAAACAUAAAAAAAAUCUCAAGAACGAAAGUGAAAUGGUUCCUCAUUGCGUCUGGGUAUCAUCGUCUUCCCCCUUUUCAUGUUGCCCAAGAAAGUCAUCUCCCGAAUCAGCCGUAUUUGUCGUGCUUUCCCUUGACUUUCAACAUCAACAACUGCUCGUGGUAAUCGCCCUCCCUCCUCGCCCUCUUCAGCUUCCUAACUUCGUCGUCCUCGAGCCUUCGUCCUACAGCUUGUUCGAGCUCCUUGCGACUAAUCUUUUCCUUCGCCUUUUCUUCCUUGUUCGCCUUGAGC